CCUCUUCCAUCAUGUCAGCAUCUGAGAAGUCUCUGUAAGGGCUGGCUUUGCCUUGUAACAUAAUCUCCUCAGAGUAAGCAGGAGACAAAGGUCUGGUGGCGAUAGUCUCUUCACUUUCACCUUUAGUUUUACUUUCACUCUUAGUUUUAGUUUCGACCUUCUUUAAUUCUUCAGAUUUUCUGCGUGGCGAGACUUUCUUAUCCACCGCCUUGACUUCAGCGAUGGUCUCGUUUACUUCAGUGUUACUUUCUUCCGUGUCUUCCUGUUUGCUUUUUGGGGAUGACUUUUUCUUGACCAGUUUUUUCUUUACUGCAGAUUUGCCUCCCUUUACGGCACCUUUGGUUUUUGCUGUUGCCUUUUUCUUGGCCUUUAUCCUGGCACUCGGCUUGCGUUUGGGGGGAACUAAUUUCUUUUUAACUCCCUUUGAGUUGGUUCCUGGCUUCGGAGGGCAGGAUUUCUUGAUGCUGUUUCUUGGAUGCAGGGUGACAGGAUUUUCCUCAGACAAUUUCUUAGCACUGUUUCUUGGAGGCAGGGGGACAGGAUUUUCCUCAGACAAUUUCUUAGCACUGUUUCUUGGAGGCAGGGGGCCAGGAUUUUCCUCAGACAAUUUCUUAGCACUGUUUCUUGGAGGCAGGGUGACAGGAUUUUCCUCAGACAAUUUCUUAGCACUGUUUCUUGGAGGCAGGGGGACAGGAUUUUCCUCAGACAAUUUCUUAGCACUGCUUCUUGCAGGCAGGGGGACUGGAUUGUCUGGUGCCAGGAUUUUCCUCAGACAAUUUCUUAGCACUGUUUCUUGGUGGCAGGGUGACAGGAUUUUCCUCAGACAAUUUCUUAGCACUGUUUCUUGGAGGCAGGGAGACAGGAUUUUCCUCAGACAAUUUCUUAGCACUGCUUCUUGAAGGCAGGGGGACUGGAUUGUCCUCAGAAAAUUUCUUAACACUGUUUCUUGGAGGCAGGGGGACAGGAUUUUCUUCAGACAAUUUCUUAGAUGUAAUCUUUUUUCGUUUUGGAGGUGAUACAGCUAUCUCCUCUUCCUCCUUGUCCUCUGUAACUUUCUCAAUCUGUGCAACAUUUUUGGUGAUGCCUUUCUUUCUCCUACCCCUAGCUGUCCUUUCCUUGUCAUCAUUAGCCUCCAAAUUGGCAACUACUGGUGGGGAACCCUUCACCGAUUUCAUGAUUGGUCGCUUUCUCUUUAAAGAGUUUAGGGCUCCUUUUUUAUUUUUCUGGUCUUCAGUGGUCUCCGAACUUUCAUCCUUGACUUUAGGUUUUUUAUCAGGGCUUGGCUUACUGCCAGUUGUAUCAGCACUGACAUCUCUACUUCCUUUCUCAGGGCUCUCCUUGCUGCUAAUGGUGGCUUCCACAUUUUCCUCAUAUUCAACAACUUCAGUCUUAAUCAAUUUCUUCUUGCUGGGUUUCUUUGCACUUAACUUUUUAUCAGCUUUUUCUUUCUUUUCCAGUUCCUUCUUAUCUGC